ACAGCGGGGCUUUAAAGCAAGACCGAGGAACCCGCCCUGUUCAGCAGCAGCACUGGGCCAGGUUAGGCUGCGAGCCCACGGCCGGGGCUCGCCGCUCCAAGGGGAAGAAGCCUCCGGAGGCUUCUGUACCGCGCGGGGAAGCCCAGGCACCAGGUCCCUAGCGUCCGCACCGCCCGGUUGCCAAGGGAACCGCUGCGCGCCGCGCUCCCGCCGACUAGCCGGCCUGUGAGGGGCCAGGCCCGGGCAGGCCAGCCAUGGAGCUGCCGGACCCUGUUCGUCAGCGCCUGAGCAACCUCAGCCUCACCAUGUUCGGCGACUCCAGCCGCACCGGGCCAGAGUCCAUCGAGGCGACGGAUAAUGAAAUGGUCUCCAGCCUGGCCUUGCAGAUGUCACUUUAUUUUAACUCUUACUUUUUCCCACUGUGGUGGGUGAGCUGCAUCGUGAUGCUGCACCUGAAGUAUUCGGUCUUGCCCGAUUACUACAAAUUCAUUGUGAUUACUGUUGUCAUCCUCAUAACCUUGAUUGAAGCGAUCCGGUUGUACCUGGGCUGCAUGGGUAACCUUCAGGAGAAGGUUCCUGAGCUGGCCGGCUUUUGGCUUCUGAGCCUUCUGCUGCAGUUGCCUUUAAUCCUUUUCUUGCUCCUUAAUGAAGGCCUAAGGAAUCUGCCCCUGGAGAAAGCAAUACACAUCGUCUUCACCGUCUUCCUUACUUUCCAAGUCAUCUCAGCAUUUCUGACCCUAAAGAAAAUGGUCAACCAGCUGGCAGCCCGUUUCCACCUCCAGGACUUCGAUCAGCUGUCUGCAAGUAGUGCAGCUGUGAGGAGGGUGAGGCGAUGCACUGAAGAGCUCUGACUCAGUGCUGACCAUGUGCUGAGUGCGCGCUGACCGCGUGCUGAGUGUGGGCUGACCACGUGCUGAGUGCGUGCUGAGUGUGUGCUGACUGCGCGCUGACCACGUGCUGACCACGCGCUGACCACGUGCUGACCGAGUGCUGAGUGUGGGCUGACCGCGUGCUGAGUGCUUCUGAGUGUGUGCUGACUGCGUGCUGAGUGCGUGCUGACUGCGUGCUGAUCAGUGGUCCACAGAAAGAUGAUGCAAGAGGACCAGGAAGCGCUAGACGAGACAUCUGAGUUGGGCCUGUGACAGGGGACAUACGUGCCUGGGUGUGUCCUCCAGGUCUGACAUCCCCAUGGAGGCAAUGCCAAGGCUCACCCAUAUCAACCCUGCAGCUGAGGGGCUAUGUCUAAUGCUGGGUGAGCCUGUUGGCAGUUUUAUACCACCUUUUCUGUAAUGUGUCUGGUUAUAAUCUUUGACGAGAAAUGUAUGGCACUUCACACAAGAUCAGCUUUGUCCAGUGGAAUCUCACUGAGUGUGUCAACAUCCUCCAGAACAGAAGGAGUCGGCAAUAUAAAAUGAACUCCAGGGUAUUCGUGUGGGUGUUUUGUUUCAUUUCGCUUCUGUUUCGGCAUUUCUCUCUUAUUAUUAGGGAAUAAAAAGGUGGGAAGGAGUUGGGAAAUGGGAAAACAUGAAAAAUAUAUGGUGUGAAGAAAGGAAUUAAUAAAAAGCAUAAACAUGUGCUAUUGUUAUUAAACUAUCCACAACAUG